UCUUUUUUUAGUCUGAUGACACAGUCUGGUUGUUUUACAUCAUUAUUGGAAAAGGGGGAAUUUCUUAUUGAUCCCCAUAAAUAUAGAUUUAAUCCGAUUGAUCAAAUAAUCAAAUGGAUAUGGGUUUAUCAGGGCCUUGAUUAAGGGGUUUAUUUAUUUUGUCAGUUUUGACUACCGUUUGGUCAACGAAUUUUCACACCCACGACAAUUUAAAAUUUAAAAGUAUUAAAUGUUAAAAUGACUCCAUGUGAUAAACACGUGGUACUGUUCUCGAUUCUAUUUAUUCUAUUUUGGAACUAUAUUUACACACAAGAAGCAUACGUAUGGAGGAAAGAAUCUCAAGAGAUUUUAAAGAAUGCACUGAAUCGCAAACUCAACACAAAUGUGGCUAAGAAUGUCAUUUUGUUCAUUGGCGAUGGGAUGGGCGUGUCAACUGUUACAGCAGCCAGAAUACUACGUGGUCAGAAACAAGGUCGACCCGGAGAGGAAACUAUUUUAGAAUUUGAAAAAUUUCCACAUGUCGCACUUUCCAAGACUUAUAACAUAGACAAACAGACAUCAGACUCGGGUGCAACAGCCACUGCCCUUAUGGCGGGAAUUAAAGCAAACUACUAUACAAUAGGUGUCGAUGGAAGAGCCAAAUACGCAAAUUGUUCUUCAAUUAGAAAUGCAAAAGUUGAUGGCAUGGUCAAUUGGUCAAAAUAUGCUGGUAAAAGUACAGGAAUAGUGACGUCUACACGUGUAACACAUGCUACUCCGGCUGCAGCAUACGCACACGCACCACAGAGAGAAUGGGAGAGUGAUAUUAAACUACCAGCUAAUCAUGGCGAGUGCAAAGAUAUAGCAUACCAACUCAUAGUAGACCAGUCUGAUAUGCAGGUUAUACUUGGAGGCGGCAGACAGUAUUUCAUGACAAACACGUCUGUUGACCCUGAAACAAAAAAGGUCAACAGUGCAAAAGGCAGACGCGACGGUUUAGAUCUCAUACAGAUGUGGAAAUUAGACAAAGAGGAAAGAGGUGCUAUUUACAAAUACGUUUGGAAUAACUCGGAUUUCAAUGCAAUAGAUCCAACGAAAACAGAUUAUUUACUAGGACUUUUCCAGCAAGACCAUUUAGACUAUGAAUUAGAAAGAGAUCAAAGUGAUAAAGGAGAACCUUCAUUGUCCGAGCUAGUCAGGAAAGCUAUUCAGAUUCUAAGCAAAAACGACAAUGGUUUCUUUCUUAUGGUAGAAGGAGGUCGUAUUGAUCAUGGGCAUCAUGAUGGAAAAGCUAAGAAAGCCUUGUACGAGACGUUAAGCUUAGAGGACGCCGUGAGAGAAGCUGUAGCACUAACUGACGAGGAAGAAACAUUGAUUGUCGUCACUGCUGACCAUUCUCAUGUGUUCAAUAUUGCUGGAUAUCCAAAACGAGGCAAUGACAUAUUAGGUGUAGUAGACCCUCUUUUUCGUCAAUGGUAUCCGUUAGACGGCAAAGCUUAUACUACACUAUUGUAUGCUAAUGGACCAGGAUUCAACAUGUCAGGAUCAGGAAGAACUGACCCAUUAGAGGAAGUACACAAUUUGCAUGAUAAAGAUUAUGUCCAAAACAGUGGUGUUCCUUUAAAAUCCGAAACCCAUGGAGGUGAAGACGUCGCAAUUUAUGCAAAGGGACCAAUGGCACAUCUUAUACAUGGUGUACAAGAACAACAUUAUGUAGCCCAUGUGAUGGCAUAUGCAUCUUGCGUUGGUCAAAACAAAGAUCAUUGUAGGCAAACAAACACUGCAUUAUCAUUGCAGAAUAAUUUGUUUAAUUCAUGUUUUAUUUUGUUAAAUUGUGUAUUUUAUUCUAUAUAUUAAUGAGGAAGUGUAAAAACAAUUAUUAAUGAA